AUGAUGCGGCCUCAGCUCAGGCAACUCGCCCGUCACACGGAAGCCGUGCGAAUUGGCCUCUCCGCACCCGUGCGUCCCUUUUCCGUUUCCUGCGCCGCGAGAGAAGACGAGAGCAAGCCAUCAGCACCAGCCAACCCCGAACGCCGACAGAACGCCCAGACCAAACCACGCAGACCUCCAACACAGUCGCGUGGCCCACCAUCCGGCGCCCCGAACAGACGCCCGGCCAACUUGAAAGCAAUUGAUGCCCGAUCGUUCGCCGCUCCCGCCGCAGGAACCGACCAACCUCGCAUUAUCCGCAGCCCGCGAGCACGCAACGUCCGACCCGGCGGCCAAGGCAACCAGGGCCAGGGCCAAUUCCAACGCAAGCCCUUCAACAAAAAGCCCCUCGCCAAAGCCAAGGGCCGUCGUGAACGACGACCCCGCGACGCCAAGAGGGACGAUGGCGACGAGACUCAGGAAGCCGCCGAGGAAGCUGCCAUUGAAAAGAUCGAGCAGGAACAGGCUUUGAAGGAGCGUCCGGUGCCGGUUCGUUAUGAGCCGCGUGAUAUUGAUUUCUCUACACUGAAGGCUACAUGGCCUUCGCUUCCCUCGGAUGCAGACUCCCGCUCUGCUGCCGUUCUCGAAAAGCUCGCGAGCCUUGGUGGUCGUUUUGCGAAUGGGUAUAUUCCUCCCCAUGAAUUGGGUAGACGGAUGUGGAAGGGUGAGAAUGUCUUGUUUGAGAGUGAGGCUGAGCAGAUUCAGGCGCUUGAGGAAGUUAAGCGUCUUUCUCAAUUGCGUGCUGAUAAGAUCUCGCAACGGAAGGGUGAGCUUGUUGAGCCUAACGAGGUUAAAUUCAGUGCCCUCAAUGCUGAGGGUACGAAGACUUUGAUGGAGAAGUACGCUCAAGGGAAAUAUCCUGCCCUGGAGGCGGUUGGCAAGGACCAGCCUGCUGCUCUGGGUGAUGUGGUGCGGAAUCUUCGAAACAAUGGCACUUAUGAGACGGCGGGUAAGAGGCCUCAGUUUUUGGCGAAGGUUGAGUCUUUACUCUCCUCCAGCUCCAGUCGUGUGAAGCGCGCUUGA